UUGAACUAAAUUAGAAAAUGUAUUACUCCAAAAUGGAUAAGCCGAAUAAGUUCAUAUCGGUUAAUUCAAUGUUGUCGAAUAUGAAACUCAGGGCGACUAGUCCAAGUGUUAAGUUCAUCUUUGAUACAUUCAAGAACUCUCUCAGCAAAAAUCAAAUUGAAGAAAAUCAUUGCAGAGUUGAUAAGACAAGACUUCGAUCAAAUAAGAGCACUUCGUUAACAGCCCGCCUAAGAAGGCAGAAAUUUGCAAAGAAGCGUGGUCUGGUGACUCGAGCGAUCGAGUCAUAUCAGCAAUCUGGGAUGCCUUCACCUCGUAUUUCAAAAUAUAAAACUUCUCUUUUAAAGAAUCCAGAUAAAAAACUAAAAAGAGCUAAAAAUCUCCAAAACCCCUCUCCAAAUCAUCAUAAAUAAGCGUCCUAGAACAUCAACAAGAAGCGAGAUUAGCCGGAACAUUUUGGAUCAAAUAAAAUAAGUUGUCUCUGCCGAGGAAGCCUGAUCCUAAGCAGAUUCAUAUCUCUGCGCAUAAAGUUAACUACUCUCCUCAUCCUGGAGAGAAGCCAAAGAGAUCCUCUCCUUCACCAAAACCAAUGAUCAGACAGCCUAGAGCGCCUAGGAUUCCUAAGGAUAAUACUUCCAAGAUCCUGUCUUUGUUAUAAGAGCGCCUGCAAAACACAGACUUUUCCAACCAAAUAAAACUCAAAAGCAGUUGCAUCAGAAGCCUCAUGCAAAAGUCAAUUCAUAUAGUAAGAAGAGAGUAAUUUGAGGCAAUGAGGAUCUGAGCUGUGUCAUUCAGAAGAAGCAGAAAUUUGGCAAUAGGAGAAAAAGCUACGUAAAAGGUGAAGAUAUACAUAAUGGGAGUAACAUAUCUAAAUUAGGGUUUUUGAGACCAGGUUUUAAUUCAAGACCUAUAUUGUCAUGGGAAGCAAAAAUAUUCGGUCAGAAUACUAAAUUCGCUAAGUAA